AACGUAUACACAAUCUCUCUCUCUCUCUCUCUCUCUCUCUCUCUCUCUCUCUCCCUCCCCAACACAUACACAAUCUCUCUCUCUCUCCACAUAAACAACCACCAGGAAACCAAAAAUAACGCUUACUCAGUUACCUACUCUUGUGUAAAUUACCCUCAGCUCAUUUUUCUCCCACACAACACAAACACACAAUAUUUCUCAAAUAAAUUAUGGUGGUGAACAUGAUCAAGUGGCGGCCAUGGCCGCCGCUUCUGUCCAAGAAACUGGAGGUGAAACUGGUGGUCAAGAGGUUAGACGGGUGGCGCUCCGCCGGCGAUGAUCCGGCGAACCCAGAUGAGAAUAAAGAGAAUGAGAAGAUGGUUGUUGAGAUCAGAUGGAAAGGACUUAAAAUUGGGCUGACUUCUUUUCGCCGGACGGUCAAGAAAAACGUCACUAAAGAGGGUUCCCUUCAAAACGGUGUCGUACAGUGGGAUGAGGAGUUUUUCAGUGUGUGCACUUUGUCUGGUUAUAAGGAUAAUAUGUUUCAUCCUUGGGACAUCUCUUUUACUCUUCUUAAUGGUCUUAACCUACCAAAGAACAAGGUUCGUACUGUUGGAACAGCAUCUUUAAAUCUUGCUGAAUUUGCAUCUAAAGCUGAAGGGAAAGAAUUAGAAAUAAGUAUCCCUUUGACAGUCUCAGGAAAUGCAACUGAACCUCGUCCUUCACUCUUUAUUUCACUUGGCAUAUUUGAACUAAGAGCUGCUCAACAAGAACCAGCUGAGUAUGUGCGGGAGCCUAUAGUACGAAGUCCUUCUCCACAGCGGUCUCGGGAGACUUUAUCAGAAAAAGAUGAGGUUUCUGCACUUAAAGCUGGUCUCAGAAAGGUAAGGAUCUUUACUGAGUUUGUAUCAACGAGAAAAACUAAGAAAGCCUGCCAUGAGGAAGAUGGAAGUGAAGGCAAAAGCUCUGCCAGGAGUGAGGAGGGUGAUUAUACAUACCCCUUUGAUUCAGACUCACUUGAAGAAUUUGAGGAAGGAGAAUCAGAUGAGAUGGAGGAUUCUAUUGUUAGGAAUUCGUUUAAUUAUGGCACAUUGGCUUAUGUAAAUUAUGCAGGACAAACUAUUAACUCAAGCAUCAGGAGCAAUUACGAGGAUGAGGGAUGGGUUUAUUACAGCAACCGCAAAUCAGAUUUGGCUUACUCAUACAUUAGGGAUUUUGUUGCAUCUGCCUCUGGGACUGUUGUGCACAACAAUUCCAAGCGCAGCAUACUUCCUUGGAGGAAGAGAAAGCUUGGUUUUAGAUCUCCUAAAGACAAAGGCGAACCACUGCUGAAGAAGGAUUAUGGUGAAGAAGGGGGAGAUGACAUUGAUUUUGAUCGAAGGCAAAUCAGUUCUGAUGAAUCUUUCUCUCUUUGGAGCAAGACCGAUGAGGACUCAAGUGCUCAUGGAUCGUCAGUAUCAGAGUUUGGUGAAGACAAUUUUGUUAUUGGUAGUUGGGAACAAAAGGAAAUAACCAGCCGUGAUGGAUACAUGAAGCUUCAAACUCAGGUAUUUUUUGCUUCCAUUGAUCAGAGAAGUGAGCGAGCAGCAGGGGAGAGUGCAUGUACAUCUCUCGUUGCUGUAAUAGCUAAUUGGUUCCAGAAUAACCAGAAUCUGAUGCCCAUCAAGUCGCAGUUUGAUACUUUGAUCAGAGAAGGUUCGCUAGAGUGGAGGAACCUUUGUGAGAGUGAGUCAUACAGGGAAAAAUUUCCUGAUAAACACUUUGACCUGGAAACUGUCCUCCAAGCCAAUAAGAUUUCUCUCACUGUAGCUCCUGAAAAGUCCUUCAUUGGCUUUUUUCAUCCUGAUGAAAUGGAAGAAGGCAAAUUUGAUUUCCUACAUGGUGCCAUGUCCUUUGACAGCAUGUGGGAUGAGAUUAGCCGUGCAGGUUCAGAGUGUUCAGGUGAUGGUGAAUCGCAAAUCUAUAUUGUUAGUUGGAAUGACCAUUUCUUCGUCCUCAAGGUUGAACCGGAAGCUUACUACAUCAUCGACACAUUAGGGGAAAGACUCUAUGAAGGAUGCGAGCACGCUUACAUUUUAAAAUUUGACAGGAACACGGCUAUCCUCAGGCUGCCUGCUGAUGCUACACAAACAUCAGAAGAAAAGCCUACUGGUGAUAAGCAGAUAGUUGUUGCAGAAGUAGAUAACAAUAAGCAAGCUCAACAGGUGAAUCUCAAAGAGAAUUCUGUAGAUGGGGCAGUAGCUGAGCCUGAGGUAUCAGUGAAAAGUGAGAAAGAGGCGGUUGUUUGCCAGGGAAAGGAGUCUUGCAAGGAGUACAUUAAAAGCUUCUUGGCUGCAAUUCCCAUUAGGGAACUGCAGACAGAUAUUAAGAAAGGUUUGAUGGCAUCAACUCCCCUUCAUCACCGCUUACAAAUUGAAAUUCACUAUACGCAGUUACAAGUACCCGAACCCCAAAGGUCAGAUACAGAACUAACCACAACCACAACCACAACCACAACCACAACCACAACCACAACCAGUAGUUCACCAGUAUGCGAAGUUAUAACUAGUUCACCCGUACUUGAAGCAGCAUUAGAAGAUGUUGCUGUUUAUUAACUUACUGUAUAGGUGCAAAUGUAAUUAGACUGAAUGUUUGUUAUAUGAGAAUGGGAUCAAAACUAGCCCAUGUUAGGUUUUUUUGAUAUUUUUGGUACUCAGGAGUCAGGUCUUUAAAAUAAUUUCUUAUGUUGACUGUUGAGCUGCAGCUUAAAAAUCUUUAACUA